UGCUUUCUUUUUAGUCAUGUAUGCUUUCUUUUAUGCAUGCAUACAUGUAUGGCCGUGCAUGUAUCUUAGAAAGCUACAAGUUUAUAUUCCUUACUGUGAUUCUUGAAAGAUAAUGUUUGUGGGCAAUAUGCAAAGUUUAUAGCUGUUUCUGUGAAAUGAGGCCAUGGUUUUUCAUUUGAGUUUCUUCACCAGAUAAGUUAUGCCCACUUUGUGUUUGAUGGAUGGUGUCAAUAAACUUUAUGCUUGACUGAUUGGCUUUCCAUGAUUUUUUUUUUUUUUUUUGAACUUCCAUAUUUGGUGUUGAAUGCCGUUCUUGAAUAAGGAGGCAGAAAAAGUUCAUCUCAGAAUCAUAGGUUAUAAGUUUAUAUAUAUGUAUAUAUACACACAACAAGCUUGGCCACCACAGAAUUCUUAAAGCAUAAAUUAUAUUUGCAAUUUGCAACAGAACAUUUGGUCUCCUACAGUGUCCCUUUUCAUGGAACUGUGGAAGCAUAUUUCUGAGUUGAAAUAUGCUUAUUCUGACUUAUUGAUUCUCACUCAGAUCUUAUUUUAGAAGACCUACUUUCCUUUCUUGCUAUAUACAUGCUAAAGGGCAGUUUUGCAACAAGUUGGGUAGAUGGUUUCAUAUGAAGCCUUGAACAUGAAGAUGAGUUCUCCAGUAACUCAAUUUGGGCCUGCAGGAAGGAUGGGCAUAUAUGAGCAGCUCCACCAGAUGAGUGUUUGGGAGGAUACACUUAGAAGUGAUAUCAUCCCCUGCUCUGGUGAUUGCAUGGUCACACAGGCAGAUGACAAGUCCGAGUACAUGUCUAAUGAAUCAGUGGUUCCCUCUGGAUCGGGAGACAACCAGGGCGAUAAUCAGGCACAUCAGGCAGGAAAGGGCACUGCAGAUAAGGCACAAAGGCGUUUAGCACAAAACCGUGAAGCUGCAAGAAAAAGUCGUUUGCGAAAGAAGGCUUAUAUUCAGCAAUUGGAAAUGAGCCGUUUGAAGCUAGCACAACUCGAACUGGAGAUUGAGAAAACCAGGCAUCAGGGAGUAUAUAUGUUAGGUCCCACUACCAAAAUGGGAAUGUAUGGGACAAUAAAUCCAGGAAUUGUUGCAUUUGAGAUGGAAUAUGCGCACUGGGUCGAAGAACAGCAAAAGAAAAUUUCAGAACUCAGAAGCAUUUUGCUGUCUAACACAAGUAGUGAUGUGGAGCUGCAGUUGGUAGUUGAGAAUGUCUUAAACCACUAUUAUGAACUCUUCCGGAUGAGAGCUGAAGUUGCCAAAGCCGAUGUCUUUUACCUACUAUCCGGGAUGUGGAGAACUUCGCUAGAGCGCUUCUUCCUCUGGAUUGGAGGUUUCCGUCCAUCAGAACUGAUUAAUGCAGUAAUGCCACAGCUUGAGCCCUUGACAGAUGAACAACUCUUCAAUGUGUGUAACCUGAGAGACUGUUGCCAGCAGGCUGAGGAGGCUCUCACACAAGGAAUGGAUAAACUACAGCAGAGUCUGGCCCAAAGCAUGGCUUCCAUGAGCACCGACGCAGUCAUUUAUGGUUCUCAGAUGGCUUCUGCUAUGGAGAAAUUAGAGUCAAUAGAAAGCUUUGUCAACCAGGCAGAUAACCUGCGCAAGCAGACUUUGCAGCAGAUGUCAAGUAUUCUCACAACCCACCAAGCAGCAAGGGGUCUGCUUGCAUUUGGGGAGUACUUCCAACGCCUUCAUGCCUUAAGCUCUCUCUGGGCUGCUCGCCCUCGAGAAAUGGACUGACUAGUCUAUUGUGGUUUGCAAGCCGAUAGGCGAUAGUCAUAGGUUAUCUUGGCUGCUAGCUGCUGGUAAUGCAUGAUAUGUGAAUACUGAGUAGAAAUUAAGAAUGUAAAAUAUGAAUCUGUUAGAUGGGAUCUGUAUUUUUGUGAAAUAUAUGUUCAAAGACAACAUUUGAAGCCCAGAAAUUGUGUAUACAAUAUGUUAGAAUGCUCUUGUUUAGCUCUACGUUACAAUAUAUGUUGCGUCAGUUGAAGGUUUA